AUAGUGCUGUAUCUUCGGAUGUGUCUUGCUCACAGUGCUGGUGUGGUGCCUACUUCUCAGAGCUUAGCUGAUAUGCAAGAUCACGCUCCAGCCAUUGGCCGUUAUAUAAGAAACCUCCUCUCUGGAAAUGUUAUAACAUCUUCAUCCUCAAAGGGUGGUGAAAGCAAUCCUGUACAGAUCUAUAUAAGUCUCCUUCAGCAGUUGCUCUCUGGUGUUGGAGGUUUGCCAGUCAUGUACUGUUUGCUGGAAGUUGUUUCAGUCUAUCCUGAAAAGCUGGCUGCAAGAUUUAUAGACAAGAUGGAUUGGAUAAAGAAUCUUAUGAAUACUAAUAAGGAAGAAAUGCGGGAACUGGCUGCUCUAUUUUAUUCAGUUGUACUUUCGACAGUGUCAGAAAAUGAAUUCAAAACAUCUGUUCAGCACCUGAUAAAAACAGCAAAGGACAAUCAUAAUCUGGAAAUGCAACAUGGAUCAUUAUUGGCUCUGGGGUUCACAGUAGGACGGUAUUUGUCAAAAAGAAAAAUGAAAAUAAUAGAACUACAUGGUAUAGAAGACCGAAAUACCAUUGUAACACCGGAACAAGACCAGCUGAUAAAAUCAACAACAGAAACUAUAGGUUCUUUUUUGGAUAGUACAUCACCACUUCUAGCAAUAGCUGCAUGUACAGCACUGGGGGAAAUUGGCAGGAAUGCACCUUUGCCCAUCCCCAACGAAGGCAGUGGUUUUACAAAACUCCAUCUUGUUGAAAGUUUACUGGCCAGAAUUCCCUCUGGCAAAGAAACUAAUAAGAUGAAAGAAAGAGCUAUUCAAACACUGGGCUACUUUCCAGUAGGGGAUGGAGAUUUUCCUCAUCAGAAGCUACUCUUGCAAGGAUUAAUGGAUUCUGUAGAGGCCAAACAAAUUGAAUUACAGUUUACGGUUGGUGAAGCUAUUACCAGUGCUGCAAUAGGGACCAGUUCUGUAGCUGCCCGUGAUGCAUGGAUAGUAGCUGAAGAAGAGUAUACUGCUCCUAUUGAACUCAGUCAAGAUGUUGCUUCUAAAGGUCUUGGUUUGGUGUACGAGCUUGGAAAUGAACAAGAUCAACAGGAACUAGUUACUACACUUGUUGAAACUCUUAUGACUGGGAAAAGAGUCAAGCAUGAAGUGUCUGGGGAAACUGUGAUGUUCCAAGGCUCAGGCCUUGGCAAAACUCCAGAUGGCCAGGGUCUUUCUACUUACCAGGAGCUUUGUUCACUUGCAAGCGACCUCAACCAGCCAGAUUUGGUGUAUAAAUUUAUGAAUUUGGCCAAUCAUCAUGCAAUGUGGAAUUCUCGGAAGGGAGCAGCUUUUGGUUUUAAUGUGAUUGCUACCAAAGCUGGGGAACAGCUGGCUCCUUUUCUUCCUCAACUGCUUCCUCGUCUCUAUCGAUACCAGUUUGAUCCCAAUCUUGGCAUUCGACAGGCUAUGACCAGCAUUUGGAAUGCACUUGUUACAGAUAAAUCUGCUGUGGACAAAUACAUGAAAGAAAUUCUUGAUGAUUUAAUAAGCAACCUGACUAGCAAUAUGUGGCGAAUUCGAGAGUCAAGCUGUUUAGCACUGAAUGACUUGCUAAGAGGAAGACCUUUGGAUGAGAUUAUUCAUAAACUUCCAGAAAUAUGGGAAACACUCUUUAGAGUGCAAGAUGAUAUAAAGGAAUCUGUACGAAAGGCAGCAGAGUUAGCCCUGAAAACGCUAAGUAAGGUGUGUGUGAAGAUGUGUGACCCAUCUAAAGGAGUUGCAGGCCAGAAAAUCAUAGCCGUACUUUUGCCAUGUCUUCUUGAUAAAGGAAUGAUGAAUACGGUGACUGAAGUGCGGACCCUGAGCAUUAAUACCCUGGUGAAGAUCAGUAAAAGUGCUGGGGCCAUGCUAAAACCACAUGCACCAAAGCUCAUCCCAGCUUUGUUGGAAUCCCUGAGUGUUUUGGAGCCUCAGGUCCUCAACUAUUUGAGCCUGCGUGCUACAGAGCAAGAAAAGGCUGCAAUGGAUACUGCAAGACUAAGUGCUGCUAAAUCCUCCCCAAUGAUGGAAACUAUAAAUAUGUGCUUGCAAUAUUUGGAUGUGUCUGUUUUGGGAGAGCUAAUUCCUAGGCUCUGUGAACUGACUAGAAGUGGAUUAGGCAUUGGCACCAAGGGUGGUUGUGCUAGUGUAAUUGUGUCACUAACCACUCAGUGCCCCCAAGAUUUGACACCAUAUGCUGGUAAACUCAUGAGUGCGUUACUUAGUGGCCUAACUGAUCGCAAUAGCGUGGUGCAAAAGAGCUUUGCGUUUGCCUUGGGACACUUAGUUAGAACUUCACGAGACAGCAGCACUGACAAAUUGCUUCAGAAGCUCAACAGUUGGUACAUGGAGAAGGAAGAACCAGUGUAUAAAAUGGCCUGUGCUUUAACUAUGCAUGCUAUUGGACGCUAUAGCCCAGAUGUAUUGAAGAAUCAAGCCAGGUGUAUUUUACCUCUGGCUUUUCUGGGCAUGCAUGAAGUUCCUGAAGAAGACAAAGGGGAGAAGGAGGAAAGCAACCUGUGGUGUGAGGUGUGGCAGGAAAAUAUACCUGGUACCUAUGGUGGCAUUAGGCUCUAUAUGGAGGAAUUGAUCGCAGUGACCCAGAAAGCUUUGCAGUCUCCGUCUUGGAAGAUGAAAGCACAAGGAGCAGCUACCAUGGCAUCCAUAGCAAAGCAGACUGGUGCUCUGGUACCUCCACACUUAGGCAUGGUGCUCACAGCUCUGGUGCAAGGUCUGCCUGGAAGAACAUGGGCUGGAAAGGAAGAGCUGUUAAAAGCAAUUGCCAGUGUCGUCUGUUCAUGCAGUGUGGAACUGCGCAAGCCUUUGCCCAAUCAGCCCAGUAUUGAUGAUGUUGUACAGGCAAUGUUGAAAGAAUGCCGCAAAGAAAACCUCCGGUACAAGAUUGUGGCGCUCCGGUGUAUGGCUGAUGUGCUUAAAGCCACCCAAGAAAAUAGGUUCCAGGAACUGACAGACAUAAUCUUUCCAGUAAUAAAGAAGAAUUGUCCUGAGAAUGUAGGAAAAAAUUCGUCACACAACAACGAUGAGGAUGAGAACGAAAAUGAGAAAGAACUCCAAGUUGAAGCUCUCCUCUGUGCCUUUGAAAGUUUAGGCAAAGCCUGGCCUAAAAACUCAGAAACACAGUGCUGCUAUCGACAAGAGCUAUGCAGAUUAAUGUGUGAGCGUCUGAGACUUAGUACAUGGAAAGUACAGCUCGGCGUUCUCCAAGCCAUGAAGGCUUUUUACCAAGGGUUGUUAUUAUUUGAAGCAGAACACUCUGACCCCGAGGCUUUGGCAAGAAUAUUGUUGGAAACCUGUUCCUCCAUCACUCAUUCACUAGAGAAUAAAAGUUAUACUUCCAUAAGGACUGAAGCUUUGUCUGUAAUAGAGGUGCUGCUCACCAAGCUGGAAGAAUCUAAACAGUGGGAAAGCCUGAACACUGAAAGUAGAGAAGUCCUCAUUGGCUCUUUAACAGCACUGACUUUGGAUAGUAGGCCUGAACUACAAGAAAAAGCAUCUUUAUUAAAGAAAACUUUAGAAAACCUUGAUUGAAUUGAAUACCAAUCAAGUGCCACGUGAAACAAAGCAAGCAAAAAAAAAAAGUGCAAUGAGCUCCGUAUUACCUAGAGGAAAAGUAAAGAUGAUUUUUGUAGCAUGCAUAAAUUCCCUGGCUGAAAUAAAAAACACCUUGAUUCUCUU